UGCAAGGAUGGGUGUAGAUCGGUGGUGUUGGAUGAGACAAAAUGCUAUAAAUAUCACGUACGAGUCAGGUUGAUGUGCAAGAUAAGUACCUCAUCGACAUUCACUAAGAUUCACUUGUUUUUGUUUGACUUUGUUAUCUGGUUCUGGAGGGAACUUUAAGAGUGAUAAAGCAACUAAUUAUGCUGUUGAAGGUAAAGUAUAUGUGUAAGUUACCUACAUAUCCUUGUCCAGAUACUCCGUAGAUGUACUAUGACGACGUCAGAUACCGACUACCGACCGACAGAAACAUUAACCCGACUUAACUUAUUCUCUAGACAAUCUUACCUGGAUAACUCAUACUCCGACAUGAGCACAUGGGUGGGGCAGAGGGGGUCCGCCCUGGUCUACUGCCUGCUCCGGCGGGACUCCUGGGAAGGCAUCCUUGAAAACACUUCAAUCCUUCUUAUCAAGACUCAAGAGUCGCAUCCAGUGGAUCCGCCCCUCAUGGCUGGCUGGCGACCCCGCUUGGUGGCUUUCCGCUUGCAGCGACCUGCAGAGGCACCGCUGCCUCGUGCGCCAAUCGGCGGCCGAUGUCCCCGUCUUCCUACGCAGGAGGAAGUUCCAUGGAUGGUACGAUCGCUGAGGUACGGAGUACGCAGUAUGGUCCAGGGAGAGAAUCUUGUCUCGGACGGAGAUGGUAGGAGAGGUAGUCAUCUGACUUUUUUCAGUUGACAGUGUAUGCUUCUGUACAGACAGAGGCGCCAGGGCAGAACCCGCCAACUCAUGCAUCCCCCGUAUAGCCUCGCAUCCGAAGACAGGGAUCUCCUCAUCCGUCCACUCGGAUUAUUCUCUCGCAAACAAAGAACAUGCCUGCCUGCCAGCGUUUCAUCUGGCCCGAGAGCCCCGUUAUCUGCAAUGCAGAGUGAACUGUCCGC